GGUGUGGCGGUGAUGGGAGCGGUGAGGUCGGGGUUGUUCUCGUUUCCCUGACGCUGCCUUCCACCGGGCGGGUUGGUUCAGUCCUGCGCACAGGCAGUCGCGAGGUCGGCCGCAGCGCCGGCAGGCGUGGGGCGGGGGGUGAGGAGCCGACCGCGGCGAUGAUGAAGGGGACGGUGGGCAGUCCGGUGGCUGCCGUCAUGCAGGAGAGUUUCGGCUGCGCCGUCGCCAACCGCUUCUACCAGCUCCUGGACGACGAGUCGGACCCCUUCGACAUCCUGUGUGAGGCCGAGCGCCGCCGGCAGCAGCGCAAGAAGCGCGACGAGGCGGCGGCCGCCAGGAGAGGCGGUCCCGGCGGCAGGACGGGCGGUGGCAACAAGGAGUCCCAGAAGGAGAGCAGGCAGCUCUGGAGUCCCCCUGCGUCCGCAGGACCGCCGCAGCCCGGCCAGAAGCGAGCACCUAAGCGGGGAGAACAGAAAGGAUUCAAUAACAGAGCAGCAGAGUUGAAACAAGACAAAACUGAGUGGGGACCAUCUUUCAGGCAGUACCACUCCUAUGAAGCAGAAGGACAAGUGGAAUUCACAGUGGAAAGACCAAUUGAAAGAUUAGACCUUGAGAAGCCAGUAAGAGGUCGUGGUAGAGGAAGAGGCGGAAUACGAGGUAGAGGAAGAGGUGGUGGAGUAAACAGAAGUUUCAAUGGCUUUGGCCAAAGAGGAAGACGGGAAUUUGAAAGACAGAGUGGGAAUGAGAAAAUUGGGAUGGAACAGACUGCUCCCGUGGAAGAGACAGCAGAAACAGCUGAGCAGCCAGGGACAUCUGAAGGAGAGCCUCUGAACAAAGUUUCUGAAGGAGAGCCAAUGGAAGAAGUAGUUCAAGAAAUGACAUUAGAUGAGUGGAAAAAUCUUCAGCAACAGAAGCGACCAAAGGCUGAAUUCAACAUCCGGAAGCCAGAAUCCAUUGUUCCUUCCAAAGCAGUGGUGAUUCACAAGUCAAAAUAUAGCAAUGAUUUGCAAAAAGAAGACUUUGAAGAUGAUUCUCACAUCUUUCGAAGAUCUGUGAAUGACAUAACAUCUCAGUUGGAUAUCAAUUUUGGGAGUCUUCCUUGCCCUGGCCGUGGAUCAAGAGGAGCACGAGGUGGUCGUGGUCGUGGCAGACAAGUUGAGGAGACAAGACCUCGACCACAAGUAGUGGUGCAGCUUGUUGCUCCAAAUCCUGAUGAUCCUGAGGAUUUUCCAGCUUUAGCUUGAAGAACUGUUGUGGAUGGUGGCAUCUCAAAAGUUUUCUUCGUGUAGCUAUGGAGACCAGUUUUAUACUGGUGUGGAUAAACAAAGUGUUCCUACUGGAAAAGUUGUUUGGGUGUUUAGUGUGGAAUGAUCAGCAGCCCUCUGCUAGGAGAGUUGGGUUCUGGAAAUAACCGGCAGACUGGGAUCACAGGUUCCAGUGUGUGCCUCUGUGAAAACUCUGUGAAGGCUUACACUACUUCACCACAAGGCAUCAAAUGAAGUUCAAGAGUAUAGUGUUUAAAAAUGUAUAUAUAGAGAUUAUAUAAAACUCUCCAUGUUGCCAUUGUGAAAAGGAAAAUAUACAACAUGAUCUGCAGUUGGGACUCUUAUUUCAUUGUACAUUUGAAAGCUGCGUUACCUAUUUCUUUGAGUGAAGUGUGUGUUUAACAUGGUCACAAAUUGCAGUUCUUCAGAGUCUGGCAAAUAAAGGAAAGUGCUUAUUGGUUUGGGUUUGAGGUACUAUUUUCACAAGUCAGAGUAGCAGAUUGAAGCUUUUGCUAUUUGGUUGUAGUCUAAAAAAAAACCCCAAAACCUAAACAGCAGACCUUACUUACCCAAAACAGUGAACAUCUCUCUAAACAGAAGUGAUUCUUCAAAAGUAAGGCAGCACUGAUACUUUUAAUUGAUAGCUAAUUCUAAGUCUUGCUUCAGUAACAAGUUAUAAUCUGCAACUACUUUGAAGAUAUUGAAGGUGAAAUGAAGUGCAGUAUAGUAAGAAUUUUGAAUUAAAAGACAGAGCUAAACUGCUGAAGAAGUUUUAAUUUUAGCAGGAGAAACUACACUGUUUUCAUGCCUUACCAAGAAGUUUUUGUGACAUUGGGGAUGAAGUGGGGUGCCCUUUCCUUGCAGCUUUAACCCACUUCCUCACUUGACCCUGCACAUUAACUUUUUCCCUGUCAAAGGGGACACUCAGAGCUGUUAUUGGGGAUUUGACAGAAACAAGGAAAUGGUGACUGAAGUCGUGAGGGAAAGAUAUGACAGGACAACCACACUGGAUGUUUUGGACGUAGCUGUCAGCCACACGGGAGUCUUUAAAUGCCUCUUCAACUUGAUCUUGUUCUUUCAAUUUGCUGGGAAAUCAGACAAAUAUAAAUCUUUCUUUUUUUCCUGUUCUCCACCUUGCUUUAUUUUGUAUCACUUCUAAGCAGUUUCCUUUGAGACCAAAUAGUGGAUGAGACUUGAAAAAAAUUUUUGCUUUCAAAUAAGCUCUAAGAGUACUCAGAAACUUAAAGUAACUCUUAUCUCAGUGGUAAGGCUUUAUGCAAGAACGAUAUAAUCAUCCUGGAAAGACUGCUGACUCUUUUCUAUAUGCUCCAAACAGGUAAUGCCCAAAGGAAUUUUCUUACAUUUCUAAAUUAUGUAUAUGACAGUUUGCUAUAACAUGAGAUUUUGGAUUCCACAAGAAGCUCCUUUUAGUGGCCUGGAGAUACUCUGACAACCUAUAGCAGAAAGAAUGUGCAAAAAACAAAGUGCUGGUGUUUGAGGCACCCAUGCUACUGCUUUUUGAACUGGAUUAAGUAACAUAAUGAGUCUUUCACUUUGUAGGAGCAAACUACUACUUGGAAUCAUUGCUGCUGCUUUUUUGAUAGGUCUUUGGGCAUUUCUGCCAAAAAUGGCAAUUUUGUGCUUGAGGAAUAGAAGUGAUUUUGUGUAUGGGGUUGGAAUUUUUUUGCUUGUUCUUUCCUUCCUGUUCCCCUUAUCCUAUUGGACAGGGAAAAAUGUGUCUGAAAUUUUAUUAAUGUGUUUGUUUGCAGGGGUGAGUGAAUGUAUAGGUAUGGAGAGCUUCUGUGUAAGCAUUACUUUUAUUUUCUGUUGUGUUUUGAAGGUGUAGCCUUUUAUUUACUAACACCUCUUUUUGCUAAGGAAAGUAGUUAUAUUUUUAAAAGCAACCCUUCCUCUUUCUACUAGAAAUUUGAAAUCUUGUGCUACGAGGCUGAAUCUGAUUAAUGCAGUUGGUUCCUUUCUGACUAGUCUCUGAAAAGGCUGAAAAGGUGGUUUUAUUUCAUAGUUUUGUUCUUGCUCCUGCACAGUUACUCUAUAUUCCUCUUAACUUUGAUCUCUUUUUCAAAACAAUGAUAAAGAAGUUAUCUGAAAAAUCCUUUAAAGCAUUCCCCAAAGUAUAUCUGUAUAAUCAGCAUUUCGUCAGCAGAUUGUUUAAAAACUCAUGAUUAAAAAAAAAUAGGCUGGUUUUAAGACUAUUUAAUAAAAAAUAAGAACAAACUGCAACCUACCCAACACUUUGUGAGAAUGAGGGUUAGUGCAGCUGGCACUCAUUAAACCAAAAGUGUGUUAGAGCAGCUAAGUGUGACAAUCUUCUUCAGUCUGUCAGACUUUAAUAUGGCUUAAGAGUUUAUCCAGUCAAUGCUAAUUAUAGAGAAGAAAUGUAAUUAUAAGUGGUGACAGUGAUCCAGUUUCUUUGCCUAGUUUUGAAAAGAGAACUUAUUAAAUCUUGGUCAUCUGCCAUAUUUAUGGUACCAAAGUAGCUGUUGUAUCUGUUAAGCAUGUCUGUGCUAACAGUCACUCCUGAUUUAGCUUUACUCCUACAUGUAAAGCAAAUGGUAACAGGUGUAAAUACAUACACAAACACUAGUAAAACAUGGCAGACAUCUUCGGAAGAGAUUAAAUUGUGUUGCAGGUCUUAAGUCAUGUUAUUCUUAAUUGUACAACUACACAAUACUAUGCUGCUACAAUUAUUGUAGUGAGUGGCCAAGGAAAAACUACUGCAUUUCAGCUUUGAGUUUUAGAUUAAUGUAGGUCACAAUAAGUUUGCAAAGAAAGGAACUUGCCUCUUUCUAUAGCUGUAAUUUAUAUAUGAUAGUGUUGAUACUGUGUGGUCCACUUGAGUCAUAUGUAGUACUAUGGUAUAGUAUUAGCAAGAGGACAUUACUAUGGAAGUGCCUUUAAAGGAAAGAGGAGAGGAAGGUCUGUGCUUGACAUAACUGAACAGCCUCAGAAGUAAAAAAACCCAGUUAGUUGAUAAAUAGGAGAGUUAGGCAAUUAAUCCCAUGAGAUGAGCUUUCACCUCUGGUUACACUUGUCGAUGUGGAAACAGUGGAGUAUGUGCAGUCUUUGGGCCCAAAACCAAAUUCAGUAGCCCUAGUACCACUAUGUCAGUAAGAUUAUUCUUGAAUAAUGCUAAAGCCUUUCUUUUUUUCCCUUCACAGCUGUCACAGGCACAUGUACAUACAUACACACAUCCCCAUAAAAAGAAAUAUAUAUAUCACACACAUACCCAGUGUUGGAAGUAACACUGACUCACUGUCACUGGAUCAACAAUUGAAUGUGAAAUGCAAUUAUCUUUGCAGAAAAAGUAUUUCAGUCACUGAAUAACUGGUGUGGAAUUAGGUCUUACAGUAAUGUGCUGAGCAAGUACUGAACUGUGUGUGCUUGGAAGGGAAAAACCUUCAGUCUUCAGAAGAAUUAACUGUUACACUUUGGCUGUAUUACUUAAUGUGGAAUACAUUAAAUCUUGAGCUGGGUUUUACUUGUCUGCAGACAAAUGCCUUUCUGAAGAUGUGAUGUAACAAAUGUUGCAGAUAGCAGGAUCUUCAGAGCAGCUUUAGAUACUGCGCCACAUUUAAUGGCAGCGUUAUGUUUGAGACAAACUAGUGCUUAAUAAAUUGAAUAAAGUUUUUGAUCUCCCUG